UCUCUACACAUUCACUUUUGGGUUUUAUCCCGCUCACAUUCACUCUUGGGUUCUAUCCCAAUCACAUUCACUCUUUGGGUUUUUUCAACCCGUCCACAAUCGUUGUAUAUCUUUCACAUUCCUUGUUUUCGCCAUGAAGGGCAUUUCCGUUGUUCUGUUCGGCCUUCAGGCCUCUAUUGUCGCUUCAUCUGCUCUCCUCCUCCCUGGUUCCGAUACUGUUCCCGGUCAACUCGACCAACGCCAGUUGUUGAGCGGGUUAUUCGAUUUUCUCCUUCCCGGGUUGGCCGUAGUAACCACUUCGAAGACAACAUCGACCGUAAAGACAACAUCAGCCACCAGCACUUCGACCUCCCACACUUCGACUUCGACUACAAAGACAACGUCCACGGUAAGUACCUCGACCUCGACCGCAAAGACAUCGAGUACGUCGACCGCAAAGACAACGAGUACGUCGACCGCAAAGACAACGAGUGCAUCGACCGUAAAGACAUCGAGUGCAUCGACCGCAACACCAUCAGCUACAUCGACCGCAAAGGUGUCAGCCACAUCGACCACAAAGGUAUCGACUACAUCGACAACUGGGACAUCGACCGUAACGUCAUUGACGUCAACGGCUUCAACAUCCAGCGCAAGUCUCUCUUCGAACGUUACGAGCUCUGCGGCGGCUCCUCAAAACACCACUGUCGCUUUAGAUGCUGGGACAAUAGACUCGACCAUCUUGAUUCUCGCACGCGACGCAGACUCAGCCAGACAGGCGAGCUCUGGUCUCAAUGGUUACGGUAUUCCAUUCCAAAUCUUGCUUGUACCAUCAGAUGGUGUUGAGCUCCCAACAUUGAACUCGUCUUCUGCGGGUAACUUCGGUGGUUUCAUCGCUCUGUCUGGUCUGUCUUACGACUACGGUAACGAUAACUGGCGCAGUGCUCUGACAGAUGCUCAAUGGAGCCAAUUGUACUCUUACCAGAUCGCUUUCGGCGUGCGCAUGGUACAGCUCGACGUUUAUCCUCAAGCAGCGUAUGGUACCUCUGUCAUCGGUAGUUGCUGCGACAGCGGCGUCGAGCAAUUAAUCUCCUUCAGCAACACCACUGCAUUUGCCCAGGCUGGACUCAAGACGGGCGCUGGUAUGAGCACUCAAGGCUUGUAUCACUACGCCACGGAGAUCACCGAUCCAUCAACCACCUGGGAGGUUGCUCAAUUCGCAGCCAACAGCCAGUACAGCAGUCCUUCCACUGCUGGUGUUAUCAACAACUUCAGUGGACGGGAGCAGAUGGUGUUCUUCACUUCUUGGGCAACAGACUGGUCUCCUACUAGCAACUUCUUGCAACACGCCUUCAUCACAUGGAUGACUCGUGGCUUGUAUGCUGGUUACCGCCGCGUCAACCUUAACGCCCAGAUCGACGACAUGAUGCUGAGCACACCAAUCUACAACGACGCCAACGGCACAAGGUACCGAGUUACUCCGGGGGAUAUGUCGACCAUCCGAGACUGGGUUCCUACUAUCAAUGCGAAAAUGAACCCAGGCAGCUUCUUCAAGCCUGAGGCUGGCUACAACGGCGAUGGUAACCUUAUUGAAGUCGAUCCUUCCUCCUCGAAGCCAGAGUGUGACCCCCACCCCAUCUUUACCGGCUACAACCCCACAACCGCUGAGUUCAAGAAGCCUCUGGGUACUGGAGUUGACCUGUGGCCAUCUACUGCGCCGAGCAAUUACACCUACAGCUCAGACUGCCUCAACCAGGAUGAACUAUCGCAAUGGUACCAGGUCGCGUCGAACCGCGAUCAGCUCAUGCACAUCAGUCACACAUUCACACACGAGCAUCUCAACAACGCCACCUACAACGAUGUCUACCGGGAGAUCAGCUUCAACCAACAUUGGCUCAACCAGGUUGGCAUUUCUCAGGGAACCUUCUCGCCAAAGGGCCUGAUUCCCCCUGCCAUCACCGGUCUCCACAACGGUGACGCGCUGCAGGCGUUCUGGGACCUUGGCCUGAGGAACGCUGUUGGCGACAACGCGCGCCCUGCUCUCCGCAACACAGAGAACCCCAUGUGGCCUUACAUCACCAACACCGCAACUGAUGGCUUCGCUGGCUUCACCGUCGUCCCGCGCUGGCCGCUCAGGAUCUACUGGGACUGCGAUUCCAAGGACUGCACAUUGUCGGAGUGGACGAACACUGGGGGUGGAAGCGGCGAUUUCGCCAAUUUGAUCCUGAACGAGAGGAACGAUAUGAUCAGGUACUUCUUCGGCCUCUACCACGAUGGAGCCAUGUUCCACCAGAUCAAUCUGCGCUCGACAGGAAUGACUCCUUACACCACAGCCGACGGCACCCAGGUUUCCUCUCUGUACCAGACUUGGGUUGAGACCAUUGUGCAAGAGUUCACUCGUCUCUCCAACUGGCCCAUGAUUGCGCUCAAGCAGGAUGAUUUGGCUACUGCUUUCACAGACCGCAUGGCGCGUGACCAGUGCAACUACGCGAUGACCUGGAACAUGUCCGGUGGCAAGACCACUGGAGUCACUGUUACCGCCGAUGGAAACACAUGCCCUGUUGCUAUUCCCAUCACUGUGCCAGGCUCAGUAGUUGACACGAAGGGAUUUGUGACGGAGAAGGUUGGAAACGAUCCGUUGACUGUUUGGGUCAAGUUGACCGGUUCGCCUGUAACGCUGACGUUGUCGAGCCCACUAUGAUGAGUUUUUUUAAUAGUGCGUAUUUCGCCUUUUGUUUUCGAGCGUGUAAUCGACAAAUUGGAUGGAUACUGCGAAGUAGUAAUUGUAUAGACUUUUUCUUUAUGAAUCAAAACGUUCAC